CUCAUAUUAAAUUAAAUUCAAUAAUAUAGAGGAUAAACCCCAAAUGCAUUGAUAUAUUCUUAUCAGUUCUCAGCAAGGAAACUCAAUUCUCUAAGAAAAAAACCUGAUGAUUUCUCUACAACCUUAUAAAUCAUGUCUUCAAACAACAUUCCUAUUCAACCCUUCAAACUUUAGUAUAAAUCAUCAUAGACAAACACAAACAAGCCUGAUAGCACAAAGGAAGGUUAAAGUACGUAGAAGAGAGAUAGUAAAAUGCAGUGCAGGAGAAAAGAAGAGUGAGAGGAGAACGUUUUUGACACUUGAAGAAGCUGGUUUGGUUGAGAUGUCUGGGUUGAGUACUCAUGAACGCUUUCUAUGUCGCUUAACGAUAUCUUCACUGAAUUUACUAAAAGUGAUAUCAGAACAAGAAGGGUGUGCAAUAGAGGAGCUCAAUGCUGGAAAGGUAUGUGACUGGUUCCUAAAAGACAAGCUCAAAAGGGAGCAGAACGUUGAUUCUGCUGUUCUUCAAUGGGAUGAUUCCGAUUUCCAGUUUUAAUUCUUUUUCUUCUUGUGUCUUUGCUAAGUUCCUUUUUCCACUACAAUUGAAUUACAACUUUAACUAUAUUUGAUGGGUUCUUCCUUAUUACUCUGCUCAAUUUUCACAUUCUCAAAUGUGUGGGUUCUGGUUGAUCAUCUCAUCUGUGGUUUAUUGUAUUGCAUUUGUGCAAAAUGCGUCUCCAAAAAAUGCUACUCCCUUAUAUAAUCGGGUUAUUAUAACGAGAGAAAAGCUUCGAUA